GUCUCUUUGGAAACUUCUGCCGGGGAAAAGAGCUAGGAAAGAGCUGCAAAGCGGUGUGGGGUUUUUCCUUUUUUCUGCUCCUUUUAAUAACCCCCUCCUCCGUUUGCACCCUUCUCCGGGCUUCACGCAGAACCUACGAAUCUCGAAGAGGUGGUGGCAGAGUGGGAGCAAAGAGGUGUUAGAAUUUUGGAUUCGGGGCUUUUUUUUUUUUAAUUUCUCGAUUUCGACAUUCUCCCCCACCCUCGCGGCUGCAGCCGCCGCCUCUUACCUGUUCCGCGGCAGCCGCGCGCCGCUGGCAGCUGAGGGUUAGAAAGGAGCAGGGUGUACUUUAGAUCUUAAACAAAAUUUUUGGAGACAAAUCCAUUUUUCUCCCCCCACCCCCUUCUCCUCCACAGCCUCCGAGCUCAUUAUUCCGGUGGUUGCUUUGAGGUGAACAAUUUUUGGCUUUUUCCCCUCUGCAGUUCUGACCAGCUCCGGCUUGAGGGCUUGUCUCUCCAGCCUCCACUCCCUCCGCGUGCACCUGGCGCUGCUCUUUUCCCCCCAACCUGUUGCAAGUCUUUAAUCCUUGCAGUUGGGGCUUGCUUGCAGGCACCGCAGCCCUCCGUCUCUCCCCACAUUUUGCCAUUGUCUGGGGGAGGGCACCUGCUCUACCUGCCAGAAAUUUUUUUUAACAAGAAAUUUCCCCGGGCGCCCUCUUGGCCCCUUUCUCCCUGCACUCUCGCUCUCCUGCCCCGCCCCAAGGUAACGGGGGAGACUCGGAGAAGAUGGUGCUCACCGCGGUCCUCCUGCUGCUGGCCGCCUUUGCGGGGCCAGCCCAGAGCCUGGGCUCCUUCGUGCACUGCGAGCCCUGCGACGAGAAAGCCCUCUCCAUGUGCCCCCCGAGCCCCCUGGGCUGCGAGCUGGUCAAGGAGCCGGGCUGUGGCUGCUGCAUGACUUGCGCCCUGGCCGAGGGGCAGUCGUGCGGCGUCUACACGGAGCGUUGCGCCCAGGGGCUGCGCUGCCUCCCCCGGCAGGACGAGGAGAAGCCGCUGCACGCCCUGCUGCACGGCCGCGGGGUUUGCCUCAACGAAAAGAGCUACCGCGAGCAAGCCAAGAUCGACAGAGACUCCAGGGAACACGAGGAGCCGACCACCUCCGAGAUGGCAGAGGAGACCUACUCCCCCAAGGUCUUCCGGCCCAAGCACACCCGCAUCUCCGAGCUGAAGGCCGAGGCGGUGAAGAAGGAUCGCAGGAAGAAGCUGACCCAGUCCAAGUUCGUGGGAGGAGCCGAGAACACUGCCCACCCCCGGGUCAUUUCUGCGCCGGAGAUGAGACAGGAGUCUGAGCAGGGCCCCUGCCGCCGACACAUGGAGGCUUCGCUGCAGGAGCUCAAAGCCAGCCCGCGCAUGGUGCCCCGAGCCGUGUACCUGCCCAACUGCGACCGCAAGGGAUUCUACAAGAGAAAGCAGUGCAAGCCUUCCCGCGGCCGCAAGCGUGGCAUCUGCUGGUGCGUGGACAAGUACGGGAUGAAGCUGCCCGGCAUGGAGUACGUCGACGGGGACUUCCAGUGCCACACCUUCGACAGCAGCAACGUGGAGUGACGCCUCCCCUCCCCGUCUUUCCCUCGCCCCAUCCCACCCCAGCCCCAACUCCAGCCAGAGCCUCCCUCCACCCCAGGACGCCACUCAUUUCAUCUCAUGUAAGGGAAAAGAAUACAUAUAUCUAUCUAUUUGAGGAAACGGAGGACCUCGGAAUCUCUAGCAAGGUCUCAACUUGGAAAAUGGCAACAAUGGAGAUUCAGAAAGCUAAGGAGACACCCCCCAAAAUGGUUUUCUUUUCGAGGCAAGUUGAAUGAACAGGGAAGGGAAGAGAGGAAGAAUGAGAGAGAGAAAGAGAGAGAGAGAGAGAGAGGGAGCGGGAGAGGGAGAGAGAGGUAAGCAUAUGUGUAACAGACAGGGAAAGACAGAGUUGGAAAAGGAGAAGAGGAAAAUGGGUGAGAAGGCAGGUGCACUGGGCCGUGGAUGGCUCCACCUUGCUGUCCAGCCUGGCCCGAGAUGGGGAAACAAGAUGGCCCAACAUGUGACGUUCGAUGACACACCUAGGGUUUUCCCAGUUUGGAUGGGUCACAGGGGGAGCAAGGAAAAGACGAAGGUGUCGGUGCCUCUCCCGGGUCUGUCUCCUCCUCCAGCCAGCAGCUGUAUGGCUCCAGCCCUGUCCUUCCCAUCCUGCCACCCCAGCAGAGCGUUCUCUCUCCCCCGAAUUUAUAAAAACAAAAACGCAUUCCAUCCCUCUCAAAACAAAACAAAUUAAUAAGUGAGUGAUAUGAGACAGACAGGUUCUCCGAGGCGGGUACAUCCAUAUGAAGUAUGUGUGCAUAUAGCACACCCCUGCAGACUUAGAAAUCAACACACACUCCAACAGUGGAAAGACUGGUUCUUCCGGGGAACUAAACUACGUGCAGAACGAAGCGUGUGGUUUCAGCACCUCAUUGCAUUCAAUUCGCAGCAGCACACCCUCUGGGGGGAGGAUAGGCUGAAAAAAAAACGUGGGCUUGUAUUUAUCUACAAGGCUCCAUAUAGUCACGUAUAGGCAUAUAAAUCUAUUCUCUUUCUCUUUGUUUCCUUCCUUCCUCCCUUUCUUUCAAAGGUUUGCAUUAACUUUUCAAAGUAGUUCCUAUGGGGGCGUUGAGGAGCUUCCUCAUUCCGGGCAAACCAGGAAAACCCAUAUUCUUCUAACACAACCCCGGGCACCAGAUUUGCUGCCCUCAGCCGUCUGUGGGACACAGGUUGGGUUUUUCAUGACUUCCCUUGUGCACGUGUGUUCAUGUGAACCCCUGUGCCAGGUAGACGAGAGCACUCAACGGAGCACCCACCGUGCUCCCCAGCGCAUCCCCUUUGAGCCUUCAGACCCUCCAGAAGUCACCGUCCCUGGACCCCACACCAAACGAGCCCAAGGUGCAGGUUUGACCCGCUGGUCCUGCCCAGCCUUUCCAUUUCAUCUGGACAGAGCCUGCAUUUUGAAAGCCUCUCUCAGUCUUCAUGCUGGCAGAGCAGGAGAGAGACCGAAAUGAGAGAUGGCAAAGCAGGAGAUGGAGGCGAAAAGGCUUUAAAUACAGGGAAACAGUAAAAGUGAUUGUUCAGGCCAGAGCAGAUGGAGUGAGGGUCAGUGGGCUGCAGGAUCAGGGGGCGGACUGCUCCCUUCUAGUUUUGCAGUAAAGCAACAGAAAGGAGACAAAGCCAGGAGGAACUUCCCCAGCUCCCCUCUCUGUGAGCCCUCUGGAAUCACGAGGAAGGAGAGAGGAAAAUGGGGGAGCAGGUUGUAAUGGAGAAAUGAACUUAAUCCAGGCCUUGAGCCAGGGAAGGUGAGUAACUUGAGGUGGGUCCUAGACUUCAGCGGCUGGACAGGAGUGAGGAUCAGUAGAGACUGGGCAUGCUUUGGAAGGGACAAGACUAUGUGCUCACAUGCCCACUUUCACCCUGCAACAAGGGACUGAGGCCAGAGGGUCUCUCAAGCUCUUCGUCCACUCUGGCCAGUCCUGGCAGCCCCUCCCUGGGGUGGAGGAUGGAGAAAGGCCCAGGACCAGCAGGGAAUGGAGGCUUUGGGGGUGCUGUCAUUUGGCAGCCAGAUGCUGAACCAAGAAAAAUCCCACUUUCCACUGUUUUCCUUAAAUGGGUGGCCUUGGGGCUAUCCCCUGAGGCUGGAGAUGGCCUGCCAGGAAAGGAGGCUCGGACACUGACAAAGGAGCCCCCUUCUCGCUGUGAAUACAGCUGUCUCCCCUCUUUCCUGAUGGCAUGACACCAUGGAGACCACCACCAACAAGAAACUUGGGGCAGUGAAGAGAGACAGCAAAGAAGCACAUAGAUUUCAGCUAGUGGAGAACUCGCAGCCGUGGAACGUGGGGGACGUCUCCCGCUCCCCUGAACAACACAGCUGGUGGGGAUGGGAGAGCGGUCAAUCUUCAUAGGACAAAGGGCCCGAUGGGGAUGGCAGCCCUGAGGACUUACUUGGCCUGCUGUGUCAGCAUGCCCCAUCUCUCUGUGCAACUGUCCCCGAGCCCCCGACUCUCGUUUCUACAUCUCAGGCCAGUAUCGUAAACCUUUCCCACUUCAUCUUCCUUCUGCCGUUCUUUCUCUGGAUCUUGAGCACUCGUCUAACUGGGAUCUGCCGAGUGGAUACUGGGGAGCCAUUCUCCAUAAGAAAAGACUGAGCCAGGAAUUGCAUCCCCCACCCCACCCUUCCCAAGGCCUGGACCUGGUUCCUGAGAGGGGCUAUUUCUUCUCCCCCACGCUGUUUACUGGACUUUGCUGGGCCUCUGCGCCUCACAUCGGCUCUUUGCUGUCAGCCAUCAGGUGAGGGAUUAUAGCCUGGUUUAACUCCACCAGUCUCUUCAGCUUUCCAAAGUUCAUGCCAACUAACCCAAACCUGUGAGUCUCCAAGGCUUAUAGGGGGUGAUUCUGGUCAGCUGGCCACUCCCCAUAGGACGCUGGACCUUCAUGACAGAAGCAACACAACCUCCCAAAGGGGAGGUCUGGCCUAAGCCUAGAGUGGGGAGACCAGGGGAGAGAGUCAUUGAGGAAGAUGGCACCCCUCCCUUGGGCUGGGUGGGAAGAAAGGCAGGCGUGAAGUGCUGCCAGCUGUGAAGUCCUGAGCAGGGAUCAUCUUGACUCCAGGCUGCCUGUUGGCCACUGCCCACCCACCCAGAGGCCUUAAGCUCCCGGUAUUCUAUGGCCUCAAGUCUAAAUGUUGCUCCCCCAGCCCAACAGGAGGUCUCUUCCUAUCCCCCUUUUGACUCACGCCUCACUCCAGCAGUGGAGACAUCCCUGUGGAUUCCCACUGCUGCCAGGUGAUGGAGGGAGGCUUAGCCAGGACUGAUCCUCCUUCCCCAGAGCCGCCCUACCCACCAGGCAAAGCAGGGCAUCUGGGAAGGAAGAGACUCGAAAGUUCCUCAGACAGCCAGGCCUGGACAGCCAGGCCUGGAGACAUUCAAACCCCGACAUGGGAGAGGACGGGAGGUCCAGGAGGCCCUGUGUGGUCCCCUCUCCUGUCCCCUUGCCCAUUUUCCCAUCACCACCUCAGUGGUCUCCAUGGUAACCCUACACAGUCAACCUCCUCUGGGGAGGUGGGCCUGGACCACCCCUCUCCCACCACCUAGCUCCGUAGCAGCCACAGGGCUACUACACAUCCGCAAGCCCUGCUCAGGUGGGGCAGUGUGGCUGCUUCCAUCCAUUCAGCCCCGAGAGGGUUCCAGCUCAGAUGGGAACUCCAGAGAGGUGUGGGCCAAGGAGGGGCAACCCUCUGGUCUCGGAGAGGAUGUAUGUGGCUUCCCAGAGAAAGGAGGCUGUCUCCAGAAGUGGUGGGACAGGGCACAGGGGUUACCUGCCGGCAACCUGGGCGUGGGACUGUCUUUAUUUUUAAAACCACUAAAGUGCAAGACUCAUUUUGCACUUUCCUCCACUUUUUUUUCUCUUAGGUUUUUGUGUCUUUUUUUAAACAUACUGUCUUGGUUUUCAAAUGGAGUAUAUAGUUUAGCCAUUUCUACAGACUCUGGCCUCCUCUCUUUAACUCCUUUUGGAUGGGGAGAGGGAAGGUGGGGAGGGCCAGCCGCCUCACGCCCAGCACCCCACCUCUCGGGUCCCUGGCCACCAGCCUGAGUCCUGUAUCUUCCUCCUCUACCAUCACCACCGCCACCACCGCCACCACCACCACACAGUAGCCCACAGGAUAGACAGUUGUCAGACAAGAUUCCUUCAGAUUCCGAGUUACCUACCGGUUUUUGGUUUUUUUUUUUUUUUUGAAACAGCAAUAACCACAGCACAUAUUACUGUAGUUCUUUAUAGUUUUACACACAUACAUACCAUAGCUCUGUUCUCUCCUCUUUUUCGUUUUCACCUUUUUAAAAAUAAAUAAAUAAAUAAAUGCUCAUAAUCUUUACUGGUGAAAAGGAUGAAAAAAAUAAACCAACAAACAAAACCAGUUUGUGGACAAAAGAAAAAAAGCGGAAAAAGAAAUCACCCGAAUGUGGAAGAGCUCGCCUCCUGUUUAGCGUUUUGUACCUAAGGAAAUAAAAAUAAAAAUAAAAAAACA